AUGAACAUGUUGGUCGUAGAAGACGACAAGUUUCAAGUCACACGUGAAGGCUACAUCCAUCUGAGUGACUUAGAAUGGGAUAUAGUCGGGCGCUUGAGUGUGCUCAUGAGCAAACCUGCCACCAGUGGCACGUUGGAGUCUCUAAGCAGAGACCAGCAACAUGCUGCUAUCAACAAGUUCCUACAAGAAGAACUUGCCGUCGAAAUACAGAAGAUAGCCUUGCUACAAAAGCAAGGCUCUAAUCAGUCGAUGGGCGGCCGACGCACAUGCGUCGACCCGAACCUUGAAGAUGGACAUCUCGAGGUACAAGGGAACCGAUGA